UGUGCUUUUCUAGCGAUUCUCUUGAUUAUUUCGACAACUUUGGCUUCUGUUUUGCACUCUGGAAUCUCUGUUAUAUUUGUUGACUACCGCACACCAAUUUGGGCUUCGAUUUGCUUUUCGUUUUGGAUUUUUGACUUGGCCUGAGUGGCUGUGCCACUAUGGCGCAGAAAAGGUGCUGUGUUCGUGAUUGUUUUGCUGCACGUGCAGACAACGUUAUAUUACAUUCUUUCCCCAAUCCCGAUACGGAUGCGGAAAGAUUCCGAACGUGGUGCUUCGCAAUUGGAGGAAAUGUACUAGUUUUAGAUGAUCAGUUUAUACACGCAAACCGAAAAGUGUGCCAUAAACAUUUUGAAACAAAGUACCACACUAGGAGCUCAAGAUUAAGUGCAAAUGCCGUCCCCACUUUACAAUUAAAACCAGCUGUGUCAUCCCGUGAAAGACAUAUGUCAGAUAUUACUAAUAUAAUUAGUAAUAAUUCAACAUCUGCCGAACUUUCCACAGGACCAUCUGCUGUAGAACCAUCAUCCACCAUUGACUAUCGGAUAUUUGCAAAAGCUUCCACAUCAAAAAAAAAAAAAUUGAUUCUACUCUGCCGGAACAUGUCAGCAUCAGAAAGCGUCUCAAAAACCGAGAACUGCAAAGACCAGUAAAGGUACAUUGCACAUAAAAUACAUUGCAAACCUGAAAAAGACCAUAAAAAAUAUUGAGAAAUAAGAAAGAUAACUAUGCAACAAGGUUAAAGAAAGCCUUGAAAAUGUCCGAAAAUACAACUUUUCCGAAGUGCUUACAAAAAUUUACGACACUUCCGGCAUUGUUUACUGUUAUGCAGUUUCGGGAGAUAUCUAAGGAAAAAAUGGAAAGGAGGUUUACAAAAGAGGAGACGAUUAUGGCACUCAGCUUAUAUAAACAGGGGCCAAAAGCUUACAGAUGGCUAAGUAAAAUUUUCAUUUUACCAUCCCCUGUGACUUUAACCCUUUAACGGUCACCUUGACUUUUUUUUUAAUAUGCAAUUUAUUUUAAGUAAUAUAUAUUUUUUGGCCCGAAUUAAAAAACACUGUCAAAGUAAAAUAAAUCUAGACUGCAUAUUUUUCGAGAAAAUCCAAAAAAACAAGUGGCCAGUAGACUGGCCACUGACCGAUCUGCACCACUCACUAUCACGGCAAGUUCACUGGCCAGUAAACUGGACAUGCACAAAAAAAGUACAUUUAGAAGGAAAUAGAAUAAAAAAACAAUACGUAGCCAUCAGCCUUAUAUUUCAGGACAUGAAUAAUCACAUUUCCAUAGUUUGAACUAUGUUACGAUAAAGUUUUCUUCUAAAAAUAAUCACAUUUUAACAAAAAGUUCUUUUAAAAAUAUUCAUCGUUUUAACUUUAGAUACAUAUUAUAAACGAAAAAUUCUUCUUAAAUUUAAUAAUUUUUUAAAUCCUAUAAUUAUAAAAUCUUAAUCGGUUUGUAAAAUUGUCAAAUACUCAUUAUGUUACCUUUAGGAAUUACAAAUCAAAAUUUCUUCUUUCAAAAAUAUAAAACUAACAGAAAA